AUGGAUGUUAUUGUAACUAAUAGGUCGAAAGACGUUUAUGCCCAUGAAGGAUUUCAAUAUAUAUUUGAUAGGAUGAGCGCAGACAAAAUGACAAAAUAUUAUAGAUGUCGCAGAAGGGAUAUUAAUUGUAAAGGACGAAUCCACGUAAAUAACCGACAUGUUUUAGUAAAGGGAACCCACGGUGGUCAUGACGAAUCUCCUGUGGAUGUAGAGAUGGCUUCGACAAUCAGCAGGAUAAAAAGAAGAGCUGCUGAUACAAUGGAAGCUCCGGCUGUAGCAAUUAACCAGUGUAUAGAAGGGUUAUCUGUUGCUGGUAAAAGAGCCUUAUCAUCGAUAAAUACAUUAAAAAAAACUGUGCGACGGGUAAGACGUCAAAAUGGGCCACAAAUUCCUGUUGCCCCUUUGACCUUAUUUGAAUUGGAUAUCCCUGACAGUUUUAAAGAGUAUGAAGUCGAACCAGGAGUAUUUGAGAAUUUUUUAUUAUGUGAUACUGGCCCUGAAAAUAAUAGAAUUCUUUUAUUCGGUCGUCAAAGAGGUUUAGAAAUAUUAUCAACAUCUGAACAAUGGUUUGUAGAUGGGACUUUCAAAAUAGCUCCCAUUCUAUUUUCUCAAGUUUUUGUAAUAUUAGGAUGUCGAAACGGAGGUGUACAUCCAUGUGUUUAUGCUAUAUUGCCAAAUAAAAGUCAAGAAACAUACAACAAUUUGCUUGUACAAAUAAAAAAUUUAUCGCCAGGCAUCAACGUAGGAAGUGUAUCCGUGGACUUUGAACUAGCGAUCCACAACGCGUUUAGGAACGAAUUUCCUGAAGUAGAAAUUCGUGGGUGUUUUUUCCAUCUUCUUCAGAAUUUGAAAAAACAAAUUGGAACUGCAGGAUUGAUGGAGUAA